UCGGUUAUCAGUGCACAAAUAAGUAUGAGCUCGCUCCCAGAGAAGAGGCGUCGAGGACCUUACCGAAAGUGGAUGGAACCGAAUUCAGAACGAAAACUUCCACGGCAGACUAAGCAUAACGACAACAAACGAAAACAAGACGGAAUUGCCACAGGUGUUGCAUCAACGAGCAGUUCAACCCCUACUGGGCAUCUGGAUGAACCUCUUCAAGCGACCGAGUGUCAGCAGGGUGAUGGCGACUCCGACGUACCAAGUGAACUUGAUAACGAUACCAUCAUGAGUGAUACCGCAGAAGAAACACCAAGUGACGAUGGCGAGAAUGAUGACGACAGCGGCACUGAAGACGAAUUCCUUGUUUUCCUUCAGGACUGCAACAAACAAACUUUGCCGCAUCAGACUACUACAAAGGCGCAAGCCAUAUUGCUGAUCCUUACGUGUGUGGUAACAGCCGGCCUUUCAUGGACGCAGCUGGAUGGUCUUUUGAACGUCAUUAAUGCCCUGUUUGGAAGCGAUGUCCUUCCAAGAUCAAAAUACAUGUUCCGGAAAAUAUGGCACAAGCGGCAGAGGAGCACCUAUUGCGUCUUCACUAUUUCUGCAACGACUGCUUUGCCUUCCUUGGUGAUCGCGCAAGAUAUGCAAAGGGUUGCAAAUUCACAUGCCCUUUUUGCCAUGUUGACUACACCCAGGGAAAGCUACUCUCUUCUAAGAGCUUUUUUAUUAUCUUGGACAUCAAAAAACGGCUACAGAUGCUAUUGCAGAAUGUUGGCACGGUUCUAAUAGACCGUCUUCGCACACUUGCCUCACGUCCUGAUGCAGAGGGAACAUACAGUGACAUUACAGACGGUUUGCUGUAUAGAGAGUAUAGAGAUGUGCGUCGAAAGCUCGGAAUGAGAUGGUGUGACCUGAUGACCCGAUGCUCCAGCCCGCGCUUCGAUUCUGAACAGGAAGCAAUACAAUGGAUUCUACGGUUGCUCAUGGUGUCUAAAGAAAGGAGAAUUUGUGGAUGGCACAGUCAAGUAUGCAGCACCAGCAGGAGAGUCCCUCAUAGAAAGGACCCAUGACGGGGUCAUUAGGGCGAUGAAGCUUGCUGUGGUCCGUGGCAAAGACGUUGACGGGAUGAAGGGCCCAAGUCCUGUUGUGAAGCUCAAAGGACUGGAUGUAGUGUGGGGUGUACCCCCCGAUUACAUGCAUUGUGUUCUGCUUGGUGUGGCAAAGCACCUAACCGAGCUCUGGCUAACAUCCACUGGAGAAGAGUACCACAUCGGUCGAAAAAUACACAUUGUGAACAGGCGCUUGUGCGGUAUAAGGCCUCCUGUGUGCUUUACAAGGCUGACACGUGCACUCUCCGAGCAUGCGCUGUGGAAGGCGUCAGAAUGGGAGAACUGGGUUCUGUACUAUAUGUUGCCUACAUUAUAUGGCAUUCUUCCGUCACCAUUUUUUAUGCAUGCAUCACUACUGGCAAAGGGGCUGUUCCUGCUAUUGCAGACCACUGUUACGGAGGCUGACAUCAAAGAGGCAGAGCGUGUAUUUAAGGCAUUUGUGUACGACACUGCAAGGCUUUAUGGAGAUAGUGCUGUGAGAUAUAAUAUUCAUCAACUCCUGCACCUUGCGAAAAGUGUGACCAUGCUUGGGCCGCUCUGGGCAACUUCCAUGUUCCCGUUUGAAGGCAGCAAUGGAAGUAUAGUGAGCUUAGUGACAGCAGCCAAGGGUGUUCCCCUUCAGAUCGCUGAGAGGCUAAUCAUGAGUGACACACUGCGUGAUAUACUCAAAGUCUUUCCACUUGCUGGGCGCCUAGAGACAUGUGCGGAGAAGCUGUUCAAGAUUAAAGAGCAAAAGAUGACAUGUCGAGGACUGGGUGCUGCAGUAUGUAACAAAGAGCUAUCUGAGGCAGCUGCCAGCCUGCUUUUUGAGAAGGUUGGCAGGGUGGUGAUGGUGGAGCACUUUCACAGGGCAUGCAUUAAUGGCAUAACAGUACAUGCAUUUCAGUACACACGUACUGAAAGAACCUGCUCUUGCUACUUCAGGAUGUUUGAUGGAAGCUGUUGUGAGGUGAAGGAGAUUUUUGUGUUUCGUGAGCAGAUUGAAAGGGUAGCAUUACUCUGCAAACGCUUGCUUAUUCUGCCUUCAGGACUAGGCCAUGUUACACACCUUCAAAAGUGUGACCACCCGCCGGCCUCUGAAGGGUUGUGUGUUUACUUGGAUAAUGAUUUCGAAUGUCAGAUGGUUUUUAUUCGUAUUGACCAAGACGAAUAUGUGGGGUUGCAGCCGAACACUUAUGAGACCGACUAAA